GAGAAGCAAAGUCUUUCAUCCACUGGUGCACUCCCCAAAUGGCGGCAACAGCUGGAACUAAGCCCAAAGCCAGGAGCCAGUGGGUGCAGGGUCCUCAAGGACCUGAGCCAUCCUCCACUGCUUUCCUAGGUCAUAAGCAGGGAGCUGGAUGGGAGGUGGAGCAGCCAGGAAAUGAACCAGCACCCACAUGGGAUGCCAGCACUUGAAGAAGAGGAACCAGGAGUCCAGCUGAGUGCCCUGGAAUCCCAGGGCCCACCUCCCUGGCCGGUGCUCCUCACUGCUGCUGCCCCACAGGCCUGUAGGAGUCCUGCCCGCCACGGCCAUGGCUUCCGUGAACAUCAACGAGCUGCCCGAGAACAUCUUGCUGGAGCUCUUCACGCACGUGCCUGCCCGCCAGCUGCUGCUGCACUGCCGCCCUGUCUGCAGCCUCUGGCGAGACCUCAUCGACCUCACCACCCUUUGGAAGCGCAAGUGCCUCCGCGAGGGCUUCAUUACCGAGGACUGGGACCAGCCUGUGGCCGACUGGAAGAUCUUCUACUUCCUGCGAAGCCUGCACAGGAACCUGCUGCGCAACCCAUGCGCGGAAGAUGACUUGAGGUCAUGGCAGAUUGACUGCAAUGGGGGAGACGAGUGGAAGGUGGAGAGCCUGCCAGGAGCACACGGCACCAACUUCCCUGACCCCAGAGUGAAGAAGUACUUUGUCACUUCCUACGGCAUGUGCCUCAAAUCCCAACUGGUGGACCUCAAGGCGCAUGGCUACUGGGAGGAACUGUUAGACCUGGUCCGACCUGACAUCGUGGUCAAGGACUGGUUUGCGGCCAGAGCAGACUGUGGCUGCUCCUACCACCUGCGGGUACAGCUGACCUCAGCCGACUACAUUGUUCUGGCCUCCUAUGAGCCCCCACCAGUGACCAUCCCUCAGUGGAGCGAUGCCGCGUGGACGGAGGUCUCCUACACCUUCUCCGACUACCCACCUGGCGUCCGCCACAUCCUCUUCCAGCACGGAGGCAAGGACACCCAGUUCUGGGCAGGCUGGUAUGGGCCCCGCGUCACCAACAGCAGCGUCACCGUCAGCUAUAAGCCCAAGAAUCCAGAGCCUUCUGUGGCUCAGCCAGAGACACUGUCCCAACCACGGCAGGAGGCAGCCUGGUCGCCCUCCCCGCCUGGCCACCACAGAGCCUGAGGACAGCCUCCCACCUGACAGCACUUGUCCAUCUCCUGCCCAGCUCAGCCAGAGGGCUGCUGCAGGCGCAAGCUGAGCCUGUGGCAGGCAGCCAGGUACCCUGCCCCAGAGGCCCCUGCCCAUCUCGGGCUUGGGU